GGCACUUCCGUUUGGGGAUUGAGGUUGCUGCAGUUUUUCUGCGACAGUUUGGGUCAGUUCCGCGUCUUGCGGACCGUUCUGAAUUUCCUGGACCUAUGCAUUGGAUCCUCAACCAACUGGUGAUCGAAUUAGGGGAAAAGAGGCCUCGUCGGAGAGCAGAGGUUUUCCGUUACUGUUCUUUAAAAUGGGGAGUUUAGGACCAUCCUAAUGGAAUCGUUUUGGGAACUGGAAGAGGCACAAUUCUGCUUUUCCAGGAACUGCAUCACUCAGGACUCUGCAAGUUUCCAGAAGUAAGAGGGAAAAUGACCAUGUUCAAGGAGGCAAUGACUUUCAAGGACGUGGCUGUGGUCUUCACUGAGGAGGAGCUGGGGCUGCUGGACCUUGCCCAGAGGAAGCUGUACCAAGAUGUGAUGCUGGAGAACUUCAGGAACCUUCUUUCAGUGGGACAUCAAGCAUUCCACGGAGAUACUUUCCACUUCCUAAGGGAAGAAAAGAUUUGGAUGAUGAAGACAGCAACCCAAAGAGAAGGGAAUUCAGGAGACAAGAUCCAAACUGAGAUGGAGACUAUUUCAGAAGCAGGAACAGAUCAAGAGUGGUCCUGCCAGCAAAUCUGGGAAAAAAUUGCAAGUGAUUUAACCAGGUCUCAAGACUUGGUGAUAAAUAGCUCUCAGUUCUCCAAAGAAGGUGAUUUCCCCAGCCAGUCUGAGGCAGGACUAUCUGUAAUUCACACAAGACAGGAAUCUUCCCAGGGCAACGGAUAUAAACAGUCCUUCAAUGAUGUCUCCAUCUUUGAUUUCCAUCAACAAUUACACUCAGGAGAGAUGUCUCAUACAUGUGAUGAGUGUGGAAAAAGCUUCUGUUACAUCUCAGCCCUUCGUAUUCAUCAGAGAGUCCACAUGGGAGAGAAACGCUAUAAGUGUGACGUGUGUGGUAAGGAAUUCAGUCAGAGCUCACAUCUGCAAACUCAUCAGAGAGUCCACACUGGAGAGAAACCAUUCAAAUGUGUGGAAUGUGGGAAAGGCUUCAGUCGUAGAUCAGCACUUAAUGUUCAUCAUAAAUUACACACAGGAGAGAAACCUUAUAAUUGUGAGGAAUGCGGGAAGGCCUUCAUUCACGAUUCCCAGCUUCAAGAACAUCAGAGAAUCCAUACUGGGGAGAAGCCAUUCAAAUGUGAUAUAUGUGGUAAGAGCUUCUGUGGUAGAUCAAGACUUAAUAGGCAUUCCAUGGUUCACACGGGAGAGAAACCAUUCCGAUGUGAUACAUGUGGUAGGAGCUUUCGUCAGAGAUCAGCACUUAAUAGUCAUCGCAUGAUCCACACAGGAGAGAAACCAUACAAAUGUGAGGAGUGCGGAAAAGGCUUUAUUUGCAGGCGAGAUCUUUAUACGCAUCAUAUGGUUCACACGGGAGAGAAGCCAUAUAAUUGUAAAGAUUGCGGGAAGAAUUUCAGAUGGGCCUCAUGUCUUUUGAAACAUCAGCGAGUCCACAGUGGAGAAAAACCAUUCAAAUGUGAAGAAUGUGGGAAAGGAUUUUACACAAAUUCACAAUGUUACUCCCACCAGAGAUCCCAUAGUGGAGAAAAACCAUACAAAUGUGUGGAGUGUGGGAAGGGCUACAAAAGGAGGUUGGAUCUUGACUUUCACCAGCGCGUCCAUACAGGAGAGAAACUGUAUAAUUGUAAGGAAUGUGGGAAGAGCUUUAGUCGGGCCCCAUGCCUUUUGAAACAUGAGAGACUCCACAGUGGAGAAAAACCAUUCCAAUGUGAAGAGUGUGGGAAGAGGUUUACUCAAAAUUCACAUCUUCAUUCCCAUCAGAGAGUCCACACUGGAGAAAAGCCAUACAAAUGUGAGAAGUGUGGAAAGGGCUACAAUAGUAAGUUUAAUCUUGAUAUGCACCAGAAGGUCCACACAGGAGAGAGACCAUAUAAUUGUAAAGAAUGUGGGAAGAGUUUUGGCUGGGCCUCGUGUCUUUUAAAACAUCAGAGACUGCACAGUGGAGAAAAACCAUUCAAAUGUGAAGAGUGUGGGAAAAGAUUUACUCAGAAUUCACAGCUUCAUUCUCAUCAAAGAGUGCACACUGGAGAAAAGCCAUACAAAUGUGAUGAGUGUGGGAAGGGCUUCAGAUGGUCCUCAACUCGUCUGACCCAUCAGAGACGCCAUAGCAGGGAAACACCUCUCAAAUGUGAGGAGCAUGGGAAGAACAUUGUACGAAAUUCAUUCUCUAAAGUGCAAGAAAAAGUUCACAGUGUAGAAAAGUCAUACAAAUGUGAGGACUGUGGGAAGGGCUACAACAGGCACUUGAAUCUUGAGGUGCAUCAGAGGGUCCACGUGGCAGAGAAAACAUGGAAGUGUCGGGAGUGUGAUAUGUGCUUUAGUCGGGCCUCAAGUCUUCAGCUUCAUCAGAAUGUUCAUGUUGGAGAAAAACCUUAGUGAUGUGAUGGUGUGAUAAAGUCUUCACUCAGUCUUCAUGAAUGCAAUCUCAUCUGAAAGUUCACAAAGGAGAGAAACAUUAAAAUAUAAGGCACAUAGUAAGCUCUUCCCUUUAAGUACUUUAUCUGUGAAUCCAUGCUGAUGAUAAAUUUCACCCAUUCUUGGAAGAGGUAAAACCUUUGUUUAAGAUAACAUCAGUGCUUCAGCCAUAACUCAGCACGCCCCAGUAGUCUCAGGACCACCAUAGUGGAGAAUCCUUGUAAAUGGUGCAAUAAAGCUUCAUUCAGAAGUUUGAUAAUUACAGCUAUCAUUCAGGAGACAGGCCUUAGAAAGAGUAAGAGUUCAUGAAUUUGCCGAACUCUAACGGUGGACAUGCCAAAAUUGAUGUUCGCUAGAAUGUAAGCUACAUGUGUCUUUCUUUACUGCUAAAUCGUCACAGCCUUAACAUUGAUUAGCACUUGGUAUGUGUUCAGUACUUGUUUGUCCAAUCAAUGAAAGGAUAAAACAUAUGUAUGGAUUUGGAUACAAUUUUAUGUAUCCAAAAAGGGAAGCCUACAAAAAAUAAUUCUGGGAAACAUGAGUUGAAAUGCAGAGUAAACUCAGUACUGCAAUCCAUAGCAAUAUUUUGAAUGUUAUUUUUUCCUUUUAAUUUUUUUCUUGAUCAGAUUUAUAAUAUUCAUUGAAUAUUAUUUUAUUGCACUUGGCUCCUGACUUCCCCCAUCCUGUGUUCUUAAGUCGGAUUAUUAUUUGUAGCUCUAUCAAAUGUUCGUUGCUUUAUACUGUAUAAAUUUAACUGUCUUUUGUAGUUUUUCUCACAGUAUAGACUGAAAAGGUUUGGUUAAUUUUGCAAUAACACGCCACUGCAUAUUUUGCAAUUAAGUGUUCUCAACAGUAUUAAGGCAAGAUUUACAGUAACACUUUUAAAGUGCCAGAUGUACAUUGACAGAGAUUUUCUUAGUCAAUCCUAGAUUGAUCAUGAUUUGUGAUUUCUAUGCAGGCCUUGGUAUGAUUACCUUUUAAUUGCUGCACAAUUUUUUUUUUCUGGUAUAAAAUAUUCUAAAUUUGAAGGACAACUUUUGUCAACCUUCUUAUCCAAUAUUCUUCCACCAACCCUAUGAAACAGGAAGAGAAACUUAAUGGAGUUUGGUAAUUUCAUCAAAUAUAUUCAUUAUUGGGGGCAGGAAUAACACUUAAAUCCUCCUCUUUAUUGCUGGCAGUAAAAAUAUGUCUUUUGGAGAGCAGAACAUGUCAGAAUGUAUAAGGUGCAACUGUUUGAUAUGAAAACCAUAGGUUAGGAAAUUAUGCCUAUGACACUAAAACUCCAAAAAGUAGAAGACCACAUUGAUAAUGUCACUCCAUUUUAAAAUGGAAAGAACAAGUGUUCAAGAACAGGAAUUUGUGUGAAUUGCAUUUAUUCCUAUAAUAACAUGAAAUCAAUGAGAUGAUGACAUAGACACAAUAACAAAAGGAGAAAGUGUGGCUUUUUUUAGCCUUCAUAACCUAAUCAAAUAAAUAUCUUUGUGUGUUUUAUGUUCUUUUAAGUGUUUA